UUAUUUAUUUAUAUAGCUACCUACAACAAGAGAAAGAGGACAAUCAUAUACGAAAGGUAAAGAACUAUUUUCAGGAAAGAGGGUGGAGGGGGGGCAGAAGGGCUAUAAGCAAUGACAACCCAGAAACAGAUUUUGGAGCAACAACAAUUACAAAUGCAGAGAGUGAAGAAUUCAGGUGCUGCUGUUACUACUAAUGGAAGUCCAGCAACAGAUGACAAAGAUGAGGAGAUGUCAAGAUCAGCAUUGGCUAUGUUUCGAGCGAAAGAAGAAGAGAUUGAGAGGAAGAAAAUGGAGGUGAAAGACAGGGUUCAGGCUCAGUUAGGGCGCGCUGAAGAAGCAACCAAACGCUUAGCUGAGAUAAGAGAAGAGCUUGAAACUCUAUCAGAUCCAAUGAGGAAGGAAGUCUCAAUGGUGCGAAAGAAGAUCGAUACAGUUAACCGCGAGUUGAAGCCUCUGGGACUGACCUGCCAGAGGAAGAAGUCUUUAUGUGAUUCCAGGAGAGAGAAUACAGAGAAGCACUUGAAGCUUUUAAUGAGAAGAAUAAGGAAAAAUCACAACUAGUUUCCAAAUUAAUGGAGCUGGUAGGUGAAAGUGAGAGACUGAGGCUGAAGAAACUGGAGGAAUUAAGCAAAAACAUUGAGACUCUUCGCUAAUUAGAUGGCGCUAGUAAUACUAAUAACCUGAUGUAUUAAUGCUUGUUGUAAUUAGAAUCAUGUUCUUGAAUCAGGUGCAUACUUUGUUGAUUUUCUAUCUGCACUUUUUUUUUCUUUUUCAUUUUUAUUUUUCUCAGUGUUUCUUGAUUAUUGAAGGGAAGUUUGCUGAUCUAGAAAAGAAAAUGCACCCACCAUAGAGGCUUUGUACUAAAACACACAUUGUCAAGAUUUGGAAUCUCUCAUUCUUGUAUUCAAAUGUAAGAUAUGUUUGCUUAAUCAUGAAAAAUGUUUGCUUAAUCAUGAAA